AUGGACUUGACCGUGGGCAAGCGCAUCUCACUAGGCCCACACAAGGGCACCAUCCGCUACCGUGGUCCCGUCCCGCCUUCAAGCGGAGAGUGGCUGGGCAUCGAAUGGGACGAGCCCACGCGCGGCAAGCAUGACGGUACGAGCGCCGACGGAACGCGCUACUUCCACGUCCGCAUCCCCGGCAGUGGCUCCUUCGUCCGUCCGACUUCUUCGAAGCUUUCGAGCGGCUGUUGCUUCAUUUCUGCUCUACGCAACAAGUAUCUUCCAUCGACGGUAGAGCAGCCAUUGUCGACAGAGAACUCAGCCGCACUGCAGCAGUACUCGCGCAAGAACAUCGCCGACAUCGAGAUCGAGACACCCAAUCUCGACCGCAUCGCGCAGAAGGCGGCCCGGCUGGACAGGCUCAGAGAAGUCGGGCUCGGUGGCUGGCAGCAAUCUUCGCUACCGGAUGUGGAUGCCGAGGCGAUCCACGAUGCCCAUUUUGACGUCGCGAGAGCGUAUGAUGUUGCGCAAGGGUUGGGACCGGGGUCGAUACGUGCAACGUGUCCGAACAUACGCUGGCUCGAUCUCUCAAGGUCGCUGCUGCCGGACUGGGAAGAGGUGUCGUUGAUAUGUGGAGAGCUCGGCCAGCUCAAGACGCUGUUACUGCACUUCAAUCGGUUGCAGCCGCCGCCAUCGCCGUUGCCAACGAGCUGGACGGAGAGAUUGGCGCACAUUCAGGACUUGCGCUUGGAUGGCACACUCAUGCAGUGGUCUGAUGUGUUGAGGUUGGCUCCGGCGCUGACCGGCCUUCGGUCCUUGCAUUUUGGCAGUAACGAGAUCGCCAGCCUGCUCGAGCUUGAUCUUGGCAAAGGCAGUAGCGAGGAAGGUGAGGCGGUGAUCUUUCCCUCUCUCACCUCGCUCAGCCUAGAGGACAACACCAUCGGAUCCUGGCCAGACCUAGUCGUCGCACUGUCUCGACUCCCUUCCCUCGAGACGCUCAAUCUCGACCGCAGCCGCAUCAGCGACAUCCCACCCGCAUCCACUGCAACUGGCAAGCUUCCUCGACUAAAAGAGCUCCACCUCCGAGGCAACCCAAUCCAAUCAUGGUCUUCCCUGGAACAUCUUAGCCAAUGGCUUGGCGCAGACACAAAGCUCGAAGCCCUUCACAUUUCCGCCCUAGCCUCAGAAGAAGAGGAAAAGGGUCACCAAGCAUCGAGCAACCCGGACCACCUGCUGUCGAGGUACGAAUACCGAGACUUGCGAGCGAUCGCCAUCGCGCGCCUGCCGACACUCACAAUGCUCGACAAGACCGAGAUCACGCCCAAGGAACGCAAGGACGCUGAGCUGUUUGUCUACACGCGCUUUCGCGAUAGCGAUGCGUACAUCGUCGACGGCGGCAUCUCGCGCCAAGGCGCAGAGGACAAGCUGGACCUGACCAACGCCGAAAAGGCCGCACGCUUCCCGCGCUUCCCCGACCUGGCCCGAGCAUUCGAUGGCGAAGAUGCCCUCCUCUCUGCAGACACUCCUGAGCGGGGCGCAGCGAACCCAAAGUCUAACACGCUCCGGUCCAAGAUGCUCACCAUCAGCGUCGUAGCUUGCCACACCGCUCCAGGGCCGACACGACCUCAUGUGGACGGUGCGGUCCCUGAGACCGGGGAUGUGAAGGUGUUGGCAACGACGCCGUUGCGUUUGCUCAAGACCAAGCUGGCCGGUGCGGUGCGGGUGAAGGUGGGAGCGGUGCGCGAGGUGUGGGCGCUGAUGCGGCCGAAGCAGGAAGAGGCGGGGGAGAGGAUUGUGUUAGAGAUGGACGACAUGUCGAGGACAUUAGACUGGUACGAGGUGGCGUCGGGUGAUACCGUUGUUCUUGUCAUUGACCGCUAG